AUUUGACACACAUUUGACAUAAAAACAUUUUUUGCCAACGACUCGAAAUUUUCUUACUACACUACACAAAAUAAGUGAAAGUGAAAAAGAACCAAUUAAAUAAAUGUAAUGACCACUUCUAGGGUUAUUCGAGGCACAAGAGCCAAAGUUUUUUUGUACCUUUGUGGUAUAUUGAUCAUUGUAGGAAUAAUAGCAUGCUAUAAUAAUACACUUUCCCAUUUAGAUGAUGUAAAAAAAUCUAACUUCAUUUGCCACCAGCAAGAAGAGAAUCUUUCGACACAGUUGCAAGUGAUAUCUGAUUACAAACAAAGAUUAGAAAAAACUCUGAAAACAGAACAAGCUGACCAUGUACAGACAAAAGCUAACUUAGAAAAUCAACUGAAGGAAGAAAGAAGUAAAUACGAAAAUGAAGCCACUGAUAUGAAACAUAAGUUAGAGUCUGUUCAACAGCAUUUAAAUUUAUUACAGACCCAAUAUGAUGACUACAAAGAAGAGACUGACAAAGGCCAGAAACAACAGCAAGAAGAGAUCAACAAUUUAGAAGCAAGAAUAAGUGAACUUUUGGAAGAAGAGAAGAAACUUCGAUCAUCUAGAGAAAGUCUUAAGACGCAGUACACCGAACUACAAAGUGAGAAAGAAAAGCUAGCGAAAGAAUUAGAAAAUCAAAACAAAAAUAGCAAUGAUCAAGAAUUGAGUAAAUUAAACAAGGAAAAUAAGGAAUUAAAGGAUGAGGUUGAACACCUAAAGGCCAAAUGUAACAAUCAAGAAACUUUGGUAGAACCCAACGUCCAACAAGUUGAAGACACGAACAAAAAUCUCGAAACUCAUGACUCAAAUAAAGACGAGAAGAUCGCGCAUCAAGAACCAGACACUGGUGCCGGAAACGCACCACUGUUUGUACUUGCUCAACCCUACGCCAACGAUAACAAAGUAGUUUCGUCGAGUACUUCAUCCAAUAACGUACUGAAGCCUUCGCAAGCCAGUUUAGAUGGAGCCAGGCCUAUUUUGGUGCCUACGCUUACACCAGUGUCGGUUCGUAAAGAUAAUAAGGUACCGGAGGGUGUUGUCGCUAUACCGGAAAAGAAAGAAGACGAAGUUGUUAACGCUAGGUACCAAAAUGCCAGGGAGAGCGCCAACGAGCUGGUGCCUCAGGCAGAAAAAGCAGCAAAAGACGAAAUUGAAAAAGAAAACGUCGCACACGAAGUAUUUGACGCUCCGCUAUUUCACGACGGGCUACAAUUCGACAACGACAACUUCAAGCAGGUCGACAAACCUAACUUCGAUAAGAGGCAUAUAGACACUCUAGGCGCGCCGAAAGACAAGAAGAAUCAGGAGGACCAAGGGGAUUACAAAGAUCAAAACGACGUUCAGCUAGAGGAAAACGACGAUGAUGAUGGUGACGGAUAUGAUGAUCAUCUGGCACGGCAAAAAGAACCAGCUGUUAGGAACUAACGACUUAGUUAGUUCAUUCUUUCGAAUAUACCACUUCUCGAAUCUACCUUGUAAUAUACCAGUCACAUUUUGUCUAUGGCAGUGCAAUAACUUAUUGAAUAUAAAUCUUGCCCAACUUUUUUAUAUAAAAAAUAUAAAAGGACAAUUUGUAUAUAUUAGGAUAUUUUAUUAAGUUUUACUGGGCUAUUCUGGUAGUAGCUGAUGGUUCCGAUGAGGAAAAAUUUAAUUUUUCUGAUUUGAAGAUCAUUUCAGCUACCUGGUCAAUGGUUUUGGUUGCAUUCGUUUUUUUUUGUGGUAUUUUUGUUCCUUAUACUUUUCUAUUUAUUUUACUUUAUACAUUCCUCUCUUGAAUAUAUUUUGUGGUUCCGAGAUUUGUUCAUUGCUCCACUUGAUCGUCGUAGUCCAAAGGUGGUCCACAUAGAAUAUCUUUUACAGCUACAGAUAUGCGUUAAGCACAUGGUGAAAGAUCUGGAUUGUUUGGUGGUGUUCAAGAGCAGGUAUCUCUAUCACAAAAGUAGCCUUUUUUUAUUGUGCUAGUUCUGUUUGUUGAAUUAUUAUUGAAUCAUCGAUGGCAAUCAUGGCACCUAAGGCAUCGAUGGCACCUAAGGGUGCUUUUUUUUCUUUUAUUUGCUCCAGUUAAUCUUUGGAGUUAGUCACCAUAAGACCUCUUGUUAACAUUAUCAUUAUCAAUGGCAUCACAGCUCGUUGAGCCAAAGCCUUUUUCAGAACAAUCCUCCAUUCAUACCUGUCUCUGGCAACUCUUCCCAAUGGUAAACUUCCUAUAGAUUGUACCGGGUGUCCCAAUAAGAAUGGCUCUCGGCCAUAUCUCAGAAACUGUUUAUAGUACAGCUUUGAGAAAAAAAAUUUAUAACAAAACUUGUCUCGGGAAAAUCCUGGAAAUUAUUUUCAUAAUUGUGGAUCCACCGCUAGAGGGCGUAAUUGAAUAUCAAAAAUUAAAAAAUCAAAAUUUUACAAAAUUUACCUAAUGAGAGGGCACUGGAAAUCCAAUCAUCGUAUUCUUCAUAAAAUUCUGCGCAUAUUUGAUUUCACAAGUUUAAGUCUACCUUUGCAAAUAAGAGGUGGGGGUGAGUGGGAACCUUGUUAUAAAAAAAUAGCUGUAAGUCCGGUUCUGCUAAAUCGAAUUUUGCAAACUUGGUCUUGUUGAAUACAGAUAUUUUUCAUCAAUAUAAGAGUUAUAAUUUCGAACCAGCCUAAUAAGUAAUAUGCCAGCUAGGAGGUGUUAUUUAAUUUUUAUCAGAAAUCUAGUUUUCUUUGGAAAAUAUUAAAUACAAGUAUGCAUUUUUAAUCCUGUAUUAUAAAAUUAGAUUAAAUUGGCAAUAGAAUAGCGAAAACCGCAUGUCGAUACCUUUUUUCUAUAUCGAGAUAUCUUCAGAAACGUGUAAAUUUAAAAACAUAACUGUUACUGUUACCGGUAAACGAAGUUAAUAACGAAAAGUAGUGUGCUAUGGAAAAAACAAAGAAACAUUUUCCAGAUGUCAACGUUUAUAAAAGGGCUUUUCAAUGCUUCUAAUUUGUUUCGAGCCUCCGUCAUAUGUGGUAUAUUUAAUGUUAUACACGGAUUAUACGACACAUGACAGAGGCUCGAAACAAAUGAGAAGCGUUGAAAAGCCCUAUUAAUUAAAACAACAAUAAGACAAACAACACUAUAAAAUAUAACAAAGAAAUAAAACAACUACUUACUUAGUUUUAGUGACUGCCUAACUAAAUGUUCAAAUUGUUGCCCAUCAUUUUCGAUGCAAGCAUUUACUCUUUCAAGAGUACAUUGAACAGCAGUCUCAAUUCUGCUCUCGAAAUGCUUUGAAUGGCGUUUCGUUUUCUCUGGAUCAUGUUUUCUCGAGUAGUGUAGUAGUAGUGUAGUAAAUGAUUGCAUCAAAAAUGAUGGGCAACAAUUUGAACAUUUAGUAAUUAACUAUUUAGAUGGGAAAUAAGCCACAAUUAAAUUGAAAAAAAUAAUUUUAUUAACGUUUCGACGCCCAAAUCGGGCGUCGUUGUUAAAAUACGCAGCAUUCUAUGAAGAAUACGAUGAUCGAAUUUCUAGGGCUCGAAUUUUGUAAAAUUUAGAUUUUUUAAUUUUCGAUAUUCAAUUAACUUUGACUAAACAAAAGUCCAACUUGGAUCUUUUUAGAAAAUUUUAAUAAAUCAUAUACCAUCUUCCUACAAGAGAAGAUUUUUACUUCCUUAGUAAUUUUUUAUUAUGGUAUACAGCCAAUGAGAGGAAUUCUUUCCUUUUUAUUUUAAAAAUUAUUUGUCGAGCUGUAUACUAAAUUUCCUCAACUGAACCAACAGUUACUCUUAGAUGACUACUAUUGUCUCGAUUGUUUUCGAAUAAAAGGUUGUACCAUAAUACACUGGCGAUCUGAGAACACCUCGUAAGAUACUAAAUAUCUUUACGUCCAGAUCAAAUAUUUUGAUCUUUUGACCAUACCAAUAAUAUUUUUCCUUUUUGUGUAUUUGAUUUGUAUUUAUUAUAAUGUACGGUGUUAUAAAAGCUACAGGGUUUCAAAAUUAAUAAUGAUAUUGUAGAAAGUUUGUUUGAUGAGUUCAUCAGAGUUUAGGGCUCAAGAGGGCUCUAGGGCUUCGUAUAACUAUAUGUAUAUUUAUAUAUACAUAUUUUGUUUUUCGGUUUGAACCCAGUUUCACGUUUCGGCAAGGUCAUACUUGCCAUUAUCAAGUCAGGUAGUCACGCUUCUUGUUGGUGCUUUAAGUAAACUGGUUACUUAAAGCACUGCUUACUUAUUGCGAUGAGGUCGAUUUUAUUGUAUGGACGGUUUUCUGGCGAUUUCCAUAACGAAUUUGUAUGAGUGAGGUGAAAUCAUCCUAUUAGAGGUAAAACUCACUAAGUACACUUUUCAGAAAGUGGAGAAAAAUCGAUUUAAAGGUACAAAUUGUUUUUUAAAUUCGCUUGACUUAAAUAUUAAAAACUUAAAUAUUAAACUUUAAAGAAUAAAUAAAAACAGAUAUUUUAAGCCAUGUUUCAUCACAGGAACUAUAAUAUAAUCAAUAUUAGAUCAAUUUUUGUACUUGAUGAGUUUUUCCAUGAACACAAUUAUUGGAUAUUGAGAAGUUAAUGAAUUUGUCUCCAUAUGACUUUGGGAUUCAAAAUGAAAGAAACAGGUAAUGAAUAAAAUUUUAAUAAACAACUAAAUAACAUACAAAACAGUUGCCUCUAUACAAAAUCACAUGCGAUAGAAACAGAAGCAAUAUUAUUGUUGAAAUAUCAACAUCCAUUUUUCGGCAUUUAAGACAGCCACAAAAGUCGUCUGCUUAAUCGCAAAAUAGAUUAUGUUAUCCUUUAUGUAGGCUAUCCUGUUAAAUACAAAGAAAUUUAAACUCAUAUAAAUCGCCGAAUAGAUAAUGCAUACAAAUAUAACAUACCUACAGUUUCAACAAUACAAUAUUAUAACACACAAUUCGCUUGCUUAAUCGCAAAAAUCGAAAAUAGAUUAUGUUACUCUUUAACUUAAUUCUUUAAUUUAAACUAAUUUCUUUAAUCAAUCGCCGAAUUAGAUAAUGCACACAAAUAAAAAUAAUACACAGUUAUGUUUACUAACGUAUUGUUUGAAAGAUCACUAAGUACCGAUUCGGCACUCCAGAUUGCAAGGAAAGAUUCACAAAGUACAAUAAUAAGUUUUAAUGAAUUUUACCCGGAAACCGAAAUUCACAAUAAAGCAUUCCAGAUUGUAAAGAAAAAUUCAUUAAUUGCAAUAAUAAGUUUUAAUGAGUUUUACUCUGAAACCGAAAUUCACAAUAAUGCACUUAGUGAAUUAUACCAUAAAUUAUCUCAGAAAUUAGAAGGGUUAGAGCCCCAGGUAACUUCUCCAGGGCGGGGCAGUACCGUAUUAAGUUCAUAUUGAUGAAAAUGUCAAAAUCUCAAAAAAGUGCACUUAGUGAGUUUUACCUCUAAUAUGACGAAAUGAACAACGAAAAAAUGAUGGUGUCAUCACUUAGUUCUACAGACUGUUCGGUCUAUAUUAAUAUAUACGUCUAUGACCAGAAGACUAGCAGAAUAGUUUCUACUGAGAGCUUUAUUAUAAUAUGCCCGCUGACACGCCUUCCCUUCUUCUUCUUGUAGUUCCUAUCCGUUUCGAAUGUUGGCGACCAUCAUGGCAAUCUGUACUUUGCACACUGCUGCCCUGAAAACAUUUGUGGUUGUUGUGUUGAGCCACGUACGUAGAUUUUUCAGCCACGAAAUCCAUCGCCUUCCUGGUCCUCGCUUUCCUUCUACUUUUCCCUGCAAGAUUAGUUGGAGUAGUCCAUAUCUUUCACUGUUCCUCAUGACGUGACCGAGGUAUUCGAUUUUGACUGUUUUUAUUGUGGUUAACCGCUCUUUUUCUUUUUGCAUUCUCAGCAAAACACCCUCAUUAGUAACGUGGUCGGUAUGAGAUAACUUCAGGAUUCGACGAUAAGCCACAUUUCAAAAGCCUCAAUUUUCUUGCAGGUGGCGUCUUUGAGAGUCCAUGACUCAACUCCGUACAACAGUAUAGGAAAGAUAUAACAUCGUAGUAGCUGAUUUUUGUAAUGAUAAAUCAUGACAUUUGAGUAGUUUAGACAUUUUUUGAAAUGCAUAUGGUGCUUUCUCUAUUCUACAUUUGAUUUUUAGGGAAUGGUCCCAAUUUUCAUUGAUGCUCGUACCAAGGUAGGUGUAUGUUUUUACUCCUUCUAUUUGUAGAUCGUUCACACUGAUUCGUCCAAAUUGUUGUUCGUCAUUGGAGAUCAUCAUACAUUUUGUAUUCUUAGGGCCGGUUAUCAACGAACGCUAAUCAACAAUGAUCACUAUCAAAUAUUUAAUUACUGUCACAACUGUCAAUGUCAACUUUGGUUGGGUUGCUGAAAACAUAAUUGAUUAUAAUUAUGAGAUUAGUUAAUCAAUUAAAAUAGCAAUUAUUAACAUAAUUGAUUAACUAAUUUCAUAAUUGUAAUCAAUAAUUAUGUUUUCAGCAACCCAACUAAAGUUGACAUUGACAGUUGUGACAGUAAUUAAAUAUUUGAUAGUGAUCAUUGUUGAUUAGCGUUCGAACAACCGGCCCUUAGUGUUUAAUGAAAGUCCGUAUCUGACUUACUUCUGUGAUUCUAUUCAUUAACUGUUGGAGAGCUUCAGAACUGUCAGCGAAUACCACCGUGUCGUCUGCGUAUUUUAUGUUAUUGAUACAUUCUCCGUUAAUUCGAAUUCCGGCUUCAACAUCAUUCACUGCUUCUUAAAAGAUUUCCUCAGGGUAUAUAUGUUAAACAGCAGUGGUGAUAGUCUUUGCUGUAUUUAUUGACUAUGAGAAGGCCUUUGAUCGAGUACAACAUCGCAAAUUAAUUAAAAUAUUAAAGGAUAAAUGAGUUGAUAGUCAAGAUGUACGAAUCAUAGAAAAAUUAUACUGGCGUCAAACAGCGACAGCUUGCAUAAAUGGAAAAUCAACAGAAAUAUUCAAAAUACAAAGAGGUGUUAGACAGGGUUGUAUACUGUCCCCACUGUUAUUCAAUUUACAUUCAGAUAGAAUAUUUAAGAAAGCGCUGCAUAAUUUGGAAUGGGAUGUGAAAGUUAAUGGAAUUCUGAUAAAUACAAUCAGAUAUGCAGACGAUAGUUAUUUUAAGUGAUGAUAUGAAUGGAUUACAACACCUUUUAAAUGGCAUUGACACAGUGGGAAGAGAGUUUGGCCUGAACAUAAACUGUUCAAAAACAAAAUACAUGGUAUUUAGCCGUUUGGCCCAUCAAGAUUCACGGUUAUAUGUUGAUGGUCAUAUAAUUCAAAGAGUACCCAGUUUUUUAAAUAUCUUGGUUGCCAUAUUACUGAACAACUAGAUCCAGAUAAAGAGAUAAAAUGUAGAAUCGAGAUAGCCCGCACGACAUUUUUAAAAAUGAGGUCAUUCUUCUGUACUGAUAACUUGCAACUUCGAAAGCGCAUGAUUAAAUGUUACAUUUGGUCAGUCCUCUUGUAUGGUGUCGAAGCAUGGACAUUAAAAAUAUCCACCAUUAAUCGUUUGGAGGCCUUUGAAAUGUGGCUGCACAGACGUACACUGAAAAUACCAUGGACGGCUAUGAUGACAAAUGUGGCAGUCUUUAAGAGAGCAAAUGCUGCCCGCGAGCUGCUUUAUAACAUAAAUAUAGAAAGAUGGCCUAUUUUGGACACGUAGUAAGGGGAGACCGGUAUAAUAUUCUUCAACUUAUUAUGAUGGGUAAAAUCGAAGGACGCAGAGGAAUUGGUAGAAAGCGGGCCUCUUGGUUGAAGAAUAUCCGAGAGUGGACAGGAAUAAAGAAAGCAGAACACCUAUUUAGAAUGGCUCUAGACAGAGACAGUUUCGCCAUGUUAAUCGCCAACGUCAAGGGGACUUGAUAGGGCACGUUAAGAAGAAGAAGGUGAUAGUAUACAUCCCUGACGGACCCCACGUUUGAUUUUGAUAUCGUCGAAUUCUCCUGUGCCUGUCCGGAUAGACGAUGUUUGAUUCCAGUGCAGAUUGCUAAUAAUUCUUAAAUCACAUAUGUUUAUUCCAAUAUUGGUUAAUAUCUCCAUCAGCUUGUCGCGCUUUACUGUACUUCAAGAAUUAUAAAUUCUUCAGAUAGGACAUUUCUUUUCUAAUUUUUUUAGCUAUACUUUGUUUCACGUUAAGAAUGGAACAUUGCGCUUAUGGAGAUCAGUGUUGCCAAACCUCUCGGGUACGGGUGGCUAUUCGACUGCCCAUAUACGAUUCAGUCUAAUCAGUACGGCGUGGCAUCGGCGCGCUUCUAUCGUCGAUAAGAAAUACAUUGGCUAUCUAAGCAACGUUCUCUUCUUAACGUGUAACGAAGCGCUGUAUAGCUAGUUUUCGAUGAUUCGCAGUGUAUUAUAGAUUUUUUUAUGUGUCGCCAUUCGCCAUAUUGUUUUGUAUAUUUGUAAUAUUCGUCAAACGAAACAGUGUGUAUCUAGUAGCUAAGCAAUAGAUGUUGAGGUGAUAAAUUUUAAUCUGUUAUAUGUAUAAAGUAUGGUUGCUUAAGAGUUUUUUCGUCUAUUUAUAUGUCAGGUGACGUAGUACUUGUUGGUGGUCUGAAAAGUUCUUGGCCUGAUGGUGAAAUCGACAGUUUAUAUAAUUUCUCCUUUAAAUACAUUUCAUUUAGCGGGGUUUAGUGUUCCUGUGGAAGUUAUCAAACGUGUUAAUUGGACAAAAACACGAGGAAGGAAAGUUUUGAGAAUUGCUGGAGGUUCGAGGGAGCCAAAUCUAGAUGGAUCCUUGAUGGAAAAUGCCAUGCCAAAAAUAUUUACAAGCCCGAAAUGGUUUUGGCCUCUGGGUAAAAGAAUUUUAGCACUGCACAGCAAUCGAUUUUUUUCAUUUUAUGCUUCAACCCACUGCCUACAUUUAAUAUCUGCUAUAACUUUAUAUGGCGUCUGCUAUCUGAGAGCUGUGAGGAAGCAGGUCUGGAUCUAAACAUAUGAAAAACCAAAAUACUCAUAAAAAGCAAACAACAGAAUAUAAAACCGUCUAUAUACUGUACCAAUCUUGAGCAAGUCGAUCAAAUUGUUUACCUUGAAUGUCCAAGAUGUUCAGGAUGUCCAAGAUUAUGUGAGAGGAUGUCCAAGAUGUUAGAAACCUAAAUUGGCAUUGAGGAUCCGUAUACUUCGCUGCUACGUGUUCUCGGUCUUACUUUAUGGUGUCGAGUCUUGGACUGUGAAUAAAAUUGAUCUAAAUCGCAUUGAGGCAUUCGAAAUGUGGUGCUAUAGAAGAAUUUUAAAAGUUUUUUGGGUGGAGAAGAUUCGAAACUCCUCAAUACUAGCACAUCAUAGCAAGACUACAUAGAGAUUAUGAAAAGCAUUAAGAAGAAAAAGCUAGAUUUCAAACAUUUAAUGAGUGGUCAUAAAUAUAGGUUGCUACAAAAUAUAAGGGUGUUAAAGCCAAAGUGUUGUAAGUCAUAUUUGUGAAAUGAUGUAAGUCUUGCUGUAUAACCUUGAUAAAUAGACCUCUUUUCAUCAGGAAAAUUGGUGUAAGUAUUUAAAGUAAUACAGUAAAGACUUCCACCACUUUUCUUUGAAGGGGUCUGUAUAUCAAUAUUAUAAAUCAAGGCUUACAUCAUUUCAAAAAUAUGACUUACACCACUUUGGUUUUAACCCAUUCAACAGUACCACCUGUUCUACGUUUCGCUUGACUGACCGCAGUAUGUUUCUCUACACAAUCACAGUAAUUAACUGUGAAAUAACUAGCUUUGGUAAAUUCAGAGAAAUUUUUCAGCGCUGCCUCUUGGACUAUAACGUGUGUUUUUAAUAAAUACAUAUAUAAUAUUUAAAAACACACGUUAUAGUCCAAGAGGCAGCGCUGAAAAAUUAUAUAACGUGUGUUUUUAAAUAUAUAAUAUUUAAAAACACACGUUAUAGUCCAAGAGGCAGCGCUGAAAAAUUUCUCUGAAUUUACUAAAGCUAGUUGUUAUUUCACAGGUAAUUACUGUGAUUGUGUAGAGAAACAUACUGCGGUCGUUCAAAGACAUAUUAUGUGUGUUGCAACUAGAGAUGGGAAGUUCGGGUCACCGGUUCCGACUCACUUAAAAUAACCGGAUCACUUUGUCGGGUCACUGAUCAGGAGGGUCAACAGGGAUCAUAAUCAUAACAAUAUGCAAACCUAUAAUUUUAGCGGUAUAAUUAUCAGUAAGUUCAUAAUUCACAAACUACCUGAAAAUUCAUGAUUGACACCUAGCUUUCAUUUAGUAACUACGACGUCGUUCCGUUGUUUGACUCGGGCCAGUUCUGAUUUCCCGUCUCUACUUGCAGCAUUUGUAGCAUUUUAAUACUACAUCAUCGAGCUGGCACCAUUGAAACAUCUCUAAUAUCUAUUAUUUAUCGAACAAGGUACAUACAGAAAAAUACGAGAAAUUUCCAGUAUUAUUGAUAAAUAUAAUCGAACAAACAUUUUUAUCGGUACCGAUGGAUGUUGAAAUAUCGUUAAACAUUUUGAAUAUUUAUAGUUUGUAGCAGUGAUUCUCAACCUUUUUGAGUCAUGUACCACAAAAUACUUUUUUUGGUACCACUUAACUGAAAUACCGAUUCAGUUAGGUAAUCUAAUUAACUAUAUGUAAUGGUGGUGCUGAUUCUGACUGUGUUUUUGCGUUUUUCGUACCACCGCAAAUAAUAAUAUGUACCACCAGUGGUACAUGUACUAGAGACCACAGAUUGAGGACCGCUGGUUUAUAGUAAAACAAUUGUUGACGUCUGAAGGUUGCAUUUUUUGUAAAAUAAUUUCAUCCUCGUUUCGUAUACUAAAUUUUAACAAUAAAUUUUAUAUUGUUUUAUUUUUUACGGUUAUGUGUAUUAUAUUGUGUAAUAUAAAUUACGAUAAAA